UUCAUUUAAAAGCCGGUGCUGUUGUGUAGUAUUGAUUGAAAUCUGGUGAAUCCACUUUUGUCGGCAAAUUUUAAAGCGCUUAUUAUGCAUAAAUAUGUGCUGAUUCUGCGUGUUAACUUUUUAUGUUGAACAAAUACAUCAUGUAUAUGUGACCGAUAGCUCAUUUUGUUAUGAAGUGAAGUAAAAUAAAUAUAAUAUAAUGGCACGUUUCCUGUCUAAAGAUAAAUUGGAAGGAUUUGAAAAAUACAAGUACAGUUCAAUCGACACCAGUGUCCUCAGCAAGUAUGUUAUGCAUCCUUUUUGGGAUUGGUGUGUCCAGUUCUGUCCAAUGUGGGUUGCACCAAAUCUCUUAACAUUUGGCGGAUUCUUACUUACUGUAUUAAACUUCCUGCUGUUCACCUACUAUGAUUAUGGAUUCCAUGCUUUGACUGAGGACAAUGUUACAAAUGACUACAUACCUAGUUGGGUGUGGGCUGUGUCGUCUGUUAAUUUAUUUGUGGCUUACACCUUAGAUGGUAUCGACGGUAAACAAGCUCGCCGUACUGGCAGCAGCGGUCCCCUCGGUGAACUGUUCGACCAUGGUCUUGACUCUUAUUCCGCUGUCCUCAUACCCACGUGUCUCUACAGCAUAUUCGGACGGGACGAGCUGAGUCCGAAACGAUUUUUCUUCGUAAUUUGGAACAUAUUUAUAAACUUCUACCUAACGCAUUGGGAGAAAUACAACACGGGCGUCAUGUUUCUGCCGUGGGGAUACGAUUUCACUAUGAUUGGCUCCUGCAUACUAUUACUUGUGACGUCAGUGAUAGGUCCGCAUGCGUGGCACGCGAGUUUGCCUGGAGGCCUAACACCCGGAAUAGUGUUUGAAUUCACACUCUACCUCUCCGCUGCACUAACAAGCCAGACUGUCAUACUGUGGAACAUUUAUAAAUCGUACCGAGAUCGAACUGGGAAAAUGCGAUCGUUCUGCGAAGCAAUAAGACCGCUUAUUCCACUGGUGUUGUUCUUCAUACUGAGCUCCAUUUGGGUGCUAUACUCGCCGACGGACAUCAUUAACAGAGGACCGAGGCUAUUCUUCGUUCUAACCGGCACAAUUUUCUCCAACAUAAAUUGCCGCUUGAUCGUGUCCCAAAUGAGCGACACGCGGUGCGAGGCGCUGAACGGGCUGCUGGCGCCCUACGCGCUGGCGCUGGGCGCCGUGCUGUACUGGCGCGUGUCGCCCAUGUCCGAGCUCAUGCUGCUCGCCGUGCUGUGCCUCGCCUGCUCCCUCGCGCACAUAUACUACGGCACCAAAGUGGUGCAAGAGAUGUGUGAACACUUCAAAAUUUCAUGCUUCCACAUAAAACCAAAGAUAAAAUAAAAAUAAACGUUACACGUUUAAGUUAAUAUAUGUCUGGUCGUAGUUGUAUUUUAUAGUAGACAAAUUUUCGAGAUCUGAUUUUGAUCUUAUAUUUUUUGAUGUCCGUACUAAUUGUACUCUUUUAGUCGACACGGAUGGUUCGUCUAUUCCUAUAUUGUUAUACAUUUGGGAACGUUUACAAGUUCCAGUAGAAAUGUUGUUUUGAAAUCAGUUUUGGUGGUUUUUAAAUUAUAGUGUUGCCUAAUUUUAUAUUAAUACUUUUAGGUUUUAUUCCAAAGAUAUUCAUAAUGAUAAUGUAAUUUCAUAGGUUCAUAUAGGGAUGUCGUUAUUUAGAAAUAUCACCAAAUAUCCUUUUUAACGUAGUGGGUGUUUUUACAGUAUCUCGUGAAGAGUCGACCGCUAAUUGUGCCAGGUGACUUUAAACCAUAAGUCUUACUGAUAAGGUUUAUUUUAUAUGGACGGCUGUAUAUUUAUUAUCCCAAAAAUGUUUAAUAGUUCAUAAUGAACUCUUACAAGACUUGGUAACUUUUAUAUAUAUUUAAUAUAGUAGUCUUUAGAAAUAGAAUUAAAAAGCUUCCACAUUUUCACUAUCUACUUUCUCUCUUUACAUAUGCCGUAGGAAUAUUAUCAAAGUCGAAAUGUUUUCAUAAGUGAUACUUAAAUGAACUGUAGACUGUCAACACUUUUUUUUUUUUGUAGGGCUCCACGCUUCCACUGGUCGUUAAUUACCUAGAUCAUCUCUGAUUGGUACAUUUCUAAUCCCGGAAGGGCGAAUGGGCAAUAAUUGACCAAUCAGAACGGUUGUCUUCUUCCUUGACUUGGUUUAUGACAUACCUUAUUUGUUCAUAUCACUAUGGUGUCCGCGUGAUAUUGCAAUGCCACAAGAACCAGUCCGUAUACGGUAUACUAUAAGAAAUUAAGAUUGACCGUCGAUUGACAGUCUACCGUUAAAUUGUGAUAUUACUAGUAACUAGUAAAAUUGUAAUAUCACCGCUUUGAUAAUGCACCUGCGACAUAUAUUUUCUCAGUAGUAUCUAAAUGUAUAUUGUAAUAUGUGUAGACGAUAAUAAUGAUUGAUGUAAGAAUCGGAAACUGCCUGUGUAGACAUUGUUUAUUAUUUUGAAUGACAUGGGCAUGGCGUAAACCAUGGUGAUCGAAUAAAGUUAUUGGGGCCCUUUUAGUGGGAUAUAUAAAUUAUGGUUAUAUGGUGGAAGAGAAGCAAAUUUUAACUUAAUACUUUAUUAACACAACUUUAACAAACACAUAAUGUAAACGCGAUCUCAUGAUAUUGCCACGAGCGCUACUGGAUGUUCACAUGCGGUUAUGUAUUGUUUUUAUACAUUGCCUUUUACUAAUUUUUAUUUACUAAUUUGCAAAUUUUUUUUACCGUGGCUGGCCAUUACUUAUUACAAAUGAUUAAAGUUUGCACUAAAAGCACAUGAAUAGAUAAGUGCUUAAGGUUCCUGUAUGAACUUUAGUAAUUAAAAAGAAGUUGCAUUUUUAUGAAGUAUAGAAAAUAUUUUCUUACCUCUUGUCUUACUUGCGCAUUUCACGAAUGUUUUGGUAAAUGUUUCUAAUAUUCAUGAAUCUUUUUUUAUACUUGAUUUUGUAGUGGGUAGUCGACCUCGCUUUGUAUUCAAGUCAAAGAGGUUUCAUUCUGGCAUUAUUCACAAGACUGAUUCUUUAAUUGUCCUACCCAAUUAUUUUAAACAAAAAUCAAUUGACCGAAUGACCCAGUAGGGAUUAUGCAACUUGCCGUUUUAAUGUAUAAAGGCUAAUUUUAGAAUUACUUUGAAGCCAUUUCGCGUUUAAACGCACGACGAUGAGUUCUAGUCGAAUCUUUUGACUUCCAUACAUAAAUA